AUGACUCUCCCAUCCAGCAUCGCCGAGAUGGCCCAAGCCACCGGUCACUUCCCCAACACAGCAUCCGAUGAUCCCAUCGCAGCACUCAAAGCAGCCAACUACAAAGGCAAAGGUCUCAUGGACCCCAUCAAAUCCGUCGAAGACAAAUGGGAGCUCGUACCCGCUUUCCUCCAAGUCAAAGGUUUAGUCAAGCAACACAUCGAGUCGUACAACUACUUUGUCGACCAUGAUCUCAAAAACAUCAUCAAAGCCAACGAGAAGAUUACUUCCGACAUUGACCCCAAGUUCUACCUCAAAUACACCGACAUCACGGUGGGAGAACCACGCAGAUACGAUGGAGAUGCAUUGCAACGGCCCAUCACACCACAAGAGUGUCGUCUUCGAGACAUUACCUAUUCGGCGCAUAUCUUUGUUAACAUUGAGUAUACACGUGGGGGCAAGAUCAUUCGUCGUAAGAAUGUCGCUAUUGGGAGAAUCCCGGUGAUGCUUCGCAGUAACAAGUGCGUUCUCUCCAACAAGUCGGAGAAGGAGUUGGCGAAGAUGAGCGAAUGUCCGCUAGAUCCGGGAGGAUACUUUGUGGUCAAGGGAACCGAGAAAGUCAUUCUUGUGCAGGAACAGCUUAGCAAGAACAGGAUCAUUGUUGAAGCAGACACAAAGAAAGGUUCUGUUUCAGCGUCCGUCACAUCGUCGACGCACGAGCGCAAGUCCAAGUCAUACGUCUUAACAAAACAUGGCAAGAUCUUCCUCAAGCACAACUCGCUGCAUGAAGAUAUUCCCAUUGCUGUUGCAUUCAAAGCUAUGGGUAUUCAGGCGGAUCGAGAGAUCUUGCAGCUCGUCGUAGGUCACGAUGACAUCUACAAGGAGCUCUUUGCUAUCAACCUCGAAGAAGCAGCCCGUCUGGGCAUCUACACCCGCAAACAGGCUCUUGACUACAUCGGUGCUCGAGCUAAAGCAUCACGCAAACCUCUCUCCAUGCGACGUCCACUCUCCGAAGAAGCUCUCGACGUCCUCGCUACAGUCAUCAUGGCUCACGUCCCCGUCGAGAGACUCAACUUCCGUCCCAAAGCCAUCUACAUCGCUUCGAUGGUGCGUCGUGUUCUCGUGGCUAUGCAGGAUGAAAAGAAGGUCGACGAUCGUGACUACGUCGGUAACAAGCGUCUAGAACUGGCUGGACAGCUUCUCGCUCUACUCUUCGAAGAUUUGUUCAAGAAGUUCAACUCUGACCUCAAAAUCAACAUCGAUAAAGUCCUCAAGAAGCCCAAUCGCACUGUUGAGUUCGAUGCAUUCAACCAGUUCCACUUCAACGGAGACUACAUCACCGCUGGCUUUGUUCGGGCUAUCUCGACAGGCAACUGGAGUUUGAAGCGUUUCAAGAUGGAACGUGCCGGUAUCACACACGUUCUCAGCAGAUUGUCGUACAUCGCAGCACUUGGUAUGAUGACGAGGAUCAGCUCGCAAUUUGAAAAGACGAGAAAGGUUUCAGGUCCAAGAGCAUUGCAGCCUUCACAAUGGGGGAUGUUGUGUCCUUCCGAUACGCCAGAAGGGGAAGCUUGUGGUUUGGUUAAGAACUUGGCUCUGACUACACAUAUCACUACGGAUGUGGAAGAGGAACCAAUUGCGAAGCUUGCUUUUACGCUCGGUGUGGAAGAUGUUCAUCUCCUUACCGGUGCUGAGCUGUAUCGUCCCGAUUCGUACAUUGUGUACUUGAACGGUAACGUGCUUGGUGUAACCAGGUUCCCGCAACGGUUCGUGAUGCAGUUCAGACGUCUGCGUAGAGCAGGUCACAUCUCGGAGUUCGUUUCGAUCUAUACGAACAGCCAUCACCAGACGGUGUAUAUCGCUUCGGAUGGAGGUCGUAUCUGUAGGCCGCUUAUCAUUGUUGAUCCUGUGACCGGUCAGCCUAGGGUUACAGAUUCGCAUAUCCAACAGCUCAAAGCAGGUAUUCGCUGCUUCAAUGACUUCCUCCACAACGGUUUGCUCGAGUAUCUCGAUGUCAACGAAGAAAACGACUCCAACAUUGCUUUGUACGAACGAGACAUCAAACCACGAUACACGACUCACCUCGAGAUCGAACCUUUCACCAUCCUCGGCGCUGUCGCUGGUUUGAUUCCUUAUCCUCAUCACAACCAAUCACCCCGUCUGACCUACCAGUGCGCCAUGGGAAAACAGGCCGUGUCCGCGAUCGCUUAUAACCAAUUCCUCCGCAUCGACACCCUCCUCUAUCUCAUGGUCUACCCCCAACAACCCAUGGUGAAAACCCGCACCAUCGAUCUUAUUGGUUACGACAAGCUCCCCGCUGGCCAAAACGCAAUGGUAGCAGUCAUGUCCUUUUCGGGCUACGACAUCGAAGACGCCCUCCUCCUGAACAAGGCUUCUCUCGACCGAGGUUUUGGUCGGUGUCAAACAAUGAAGAAGUCUUCUACCAUCCUCCGGAAAUAUCCUAACGGCACGCAUGACAGGUUGGCCGAUGCACCCGUGGAUGAGAGUACGGGAAAACGACAGAAGCGGUAUGACAUUCUCGAAGCAGACGGCAUUGCUGGUGUCGGAGAGCGGGUGGAGCAGGGAGAUGUGUUUGUUAACAAGCAAACUCCUGUGAAUGCGAAUGACAAUUCGAGUGCGGCGAUCAUGAUCGGUGCUAGUAAUGCUGCUGCUAGCGUAGCGUACAAGUCUGCACCAUUGUCGUAUAAGCCUCCUGUAUCAGGGUAUGUUGAUCAGGUGUUGAUUACGGAUACUGAUUCGGAUCAGACCCUAAUCAAAGCUUUGAUCAGGCAGACUAGGAGGCCAGAGUUGGGAGAUAAGUUUAGUUCGAGACAUGGACAGAAGGGUGUUUGUGGAUUGAUCGUCAAUCAGGAAGAUAUGCCGUUCAGCGAUCAAGGUAUUAAUCCGGACAUUAUCAUGAACCCUCACGGUUUCCCUUCUCGUAUGACGGUAGGGAAAAUGAUCGAACUUCUAUCUGGAAAGGCCGGUGUCAUUACGGGUAACCUUCAAUACGGAACUGCUUUCGGUGGUAGCAAAGUCGAAGAUAUGUCCCAGAUCCUAGUCGAUCACGGAUACAACUACGGAGGGAAAGAAACCUUAACCUCAGGCAUCACGGGCCAACCUCUGGAGUGCUAUGUAUACUUCGGCCCGAUCUACUACCAACGUCUCAAGCACAUGGUUCAAGAUAAGAUGCACGCCCGAGCUAGAGGCCCACGCGCCGUUCUCACCCGACAGCCCACAGAAGGUAGGAGCAGAGAUGGUGGUUUACGCCUGGGUGAAAUGGAGAGGGACUGUUUGAUCGGAUACGGAGCUACCCAGUUGUUGUUGGAGAGGUUGAUGAUUAGUAGUGAUGCUUUCACUGUGCAUGCUUGUCAGAGGUGCGGAUUAAUGGGAUAUAACGGUUGGUGUCCGUUCUGCGGGAGUGGGAAACAUGUGGUCAAGCUGACCAUUCCGUAUGGUACAAAGUUGAUGUUGCAGGAGUUGAUGGCGAUGCAAGUUGUACCGAGGUUGAUUUUGGAAGAUGCUGUCUAG